AUGCCUGCUUUUCAGUCCAAGACCUUUCGCCGAGCAACAAGUGCUUCAUCCACAUUCGGUGAGAAGCUUGGAGCUUUGUACCGCGCGCGACUUCCUCGGCACCCAUUCCUUUUCUUCGGGCUCCCUUUUAUCACCGUCAUUGUGGCCGCAUCCUUUGCUCUGACCCCUGCAGCAGCCUUGCGCUAUGAGCGUUACGAUCGUAAAGUCCAGCAAAUGAGCAAGGAAGAAGCUUUCAAUCUGGGACUCAAAGGCCCCGAUGGCGAAGAGGGAAUCAAGCGCAAUCCUCGCAGGAGAGUUAUCGGUGAUGAAAGAGAGGAAUACUACAGACUUAUGGCCAAGGAUCUCGACGACUGGGAACAAAAACGGGUAAAGAGGUUCGAGGGUGAACCCGAUGGGAGAAUCUGA